CGAGGCAAAUGCAAGGGUUGGCCCUGUCACAUCUGCGCGGAAAAGAACUGCCGGCCAGGUCGACCAGCACGCUGCCGGCCGCCCCCCACCAGCACGCGCACGCCGAGCCCGGCCGGCUGCAGACACGCGCUAGCUCUGUCUCCCGGCCGUCCCCUCGCGCCACCGCCACCCCAGAUUCCCCAAGGGUCCCGCAUCCGGAAAGUGAGCUUUGAUUCUCCGCUCAGCCUGGCGGCCCCGUCCGACCUCCUGCGUACGUCAUGCCGGCCUUCCUGCUCCUCGGGACCGUCCUGCUGCUGGCCUCCACCGCCGGCCAGGCCAGGGCGCGCCCGUCCAACGCCACGAGCGCCGAGCCCCCGGGCCCGCUGCCCGCCCUGCUGGCGCACCUGCGGCGCCUGACUGGGGCGCUGACGGGCGGAGCGGGCGCGGCGGGCCCCGGCGCCAAUGGCACGAGGACCAGUCAGGCGAGCGGGCAGGGCGCAGCGGCGCGGGCGCCUCCUCCCGCGGAGCUCUGCCACGGCUACUACGACGUCAUGGGCCAGUACGACGCCACCUUCAACUGCAGCACCGGCUCCUACCGCUUCUGCUGCGGCACUUGUCACUACCGCUUCUGCUGCGAGCACCGCCACAUGCGCCUGGCACAGGCCUCCUGCUCCAACUACGACACGCCGCGCUGGGCCACCACGCCGCCGCCGCUGGCCGGGGGCGCCGGGGGCGCAGGGGGUGCGGGCGGGGGGCCCGGGCCCGGCCAGGCCGGGUGGCUGGAAGGGGGCCGGGCAGGGGGCGCUGGAGUGCGUGGGGGCGAGGGCCCUGGGGGCAGCACCGCCUACGUAGUGUGCGGAGUCAUCAGCUUCGCCCUGGCCGUGGGCGUCGGCGCCAAAGUGGCCUUCAGCAAGGCGUCCCGUGCGCCCAGGGCGCACCGGGAGAUCAACGUACCCAGGGCUCUGGUGGACAUUCUGAGACAUCAAGCCGGGCCUGGGACCCGCCCCGACCGGGCACGAAGCAGCUCCUUGACCACAGGGGUCGGGGGUCCCGACAGCAUGCCCCCAAGGACGCCCAAGAACCUCUACAACACCAUGAAGCCCUCCAAUCUCGAUAACCUGCAGCACAACUACCUGCACCUGAACGUCAACAGCCCCAAGCACCACACCACCACGCUGGACUGGAGGGCCGCCCCGCCACCCAGCCCCUCUUUGCACUACUCCACACUGUCCUGCUCUCGUUCCUUCCACAACCUCUCACAUCUGCCCCCGUCCUACGAGGCCGCUGUGAAAUCUGAACUCAACCGCUACUCCUCCCUCAAGAGGCUGGCGGAGAAGGACCUGGAUGAGGCCUACCUGAAGCGCCGGCAUCUGGGGGAGAUGCCCCGCGGGACUCUGCCCCUGCACACGCUGCGGCGACCUGGCACAGGGGGCGGCUACCGCAUGGAUGUCUGGGGCAGCCCGGAGGAGCUGGGCCUGGCGCCCGCGCCCAACCCUCGGCGGGUCAUGUCCCAGGAGCACUUGCUGGGUGACGGUGGCCGGGCGCGCUAUGAGUUCACGCUACCGCGCGCGCGCCUUGUGUCGCAGGAGCACCUGCUCCUAUCCUCGCCUGAGGCCCUGCGCCAGAGCCGCGAGCACCUGCUGUCGCCCCCUCGCAGCCCUGCGCUGCCCCCGGAGCCCUCCUCCCGCGCGGGCCUGGCAGCCUCCCACUCCAAUCUGCUGAUAGGGCCCGGGGGCCCCCCCACGCCACUGCACGGGCUGCCCCCCCCGCCCGGCCUGCACGCGCACCACCACCACGGCCUGCAUGGCUCGCCACAACCCGCAUGGAUGACGGACGCCGGCGGGGGCGGAGGCACGCUGGCCCGCAGGCCGCCCUUCCAGCGCCAGGGCACGCUGGAGCAGCUGCAGUUCAUUCCUGGCCAUCACCUGCCCCAACACUUGCGCACCGCCAGCAAGAACGAGGUGACUGUCUGAGGCCAGGUUGGGGGCUUGGGGGCUGCGGCCUCGUGGUUCCCCAACCCAGCCUGGGUCCCCCAACACAUUCCAGGGUCCCAGGACCCAGACUGGCCUGUGGCCCGAGAGGGUGAGCUGCCUUUUAGGACUCUGCUUUGGAUGAAAUCGUCACUGGAGACAAAGCCUCCUAGAAUGUCAUGCAGAUAAGAUCCCUCCUCCAAUGUCACUGUUUGAGGCCCAGCCUCCUUCCCAUGACGUCAUCACAGAGGAAGAGGCUUGCCUGUGAGGUUAUUACUAAUGAAAAUAUCAUCACAGGGACAAAACUUCCCAUGAGGUCAUCACAGAGGAGGAAGCCCACCCCUGAGGUCAUCACUAGAGGCCCUGUCUACGUUCCAUGAUGUCAUCACAAAGACUUCCUUCUUGUGAUGUCACAGAGACAAUGCCUUGUCCUAUGACAUCAUCCCUAGAGACAAAGACUCCUUCCUGUGAUGUCACUGCAGAGAUAACUCUCACCCUUAUGAUGUCACCAAAAGGCCUCUUUUGACAUCAUCACCACCAGGAAAAUAUUUCCUCCAGAGAAGAUGCCUCUGUCUACAAUAUUGUUGCUACAGACAAAGCCAUCUUACUGGGACAUGUCACAGGGGAACACACCUCACCUAGUGUGUCCUCGCUAGACAUAAGGCCUCCUUUCCACAACAUCAUCACAGGGACUUGUCUCCUUCCUGUGAUGCCUUCGCUAGAGAAGGUGCCUUGCCCUAUGACAUCAUUAGAGAGACUGUGCCUCUUCCAGGGGGUCAUUACCAGAGGUGAGAGUCCUUCUGUGAUGUCACCAACCAGACUUUGCCUGAUCUGAGAUGACUCCCUGAGACACCUCACUGCUACUGCUACAUCAUGAGAAGGCAUGGCAUGCCCAGAGUCCAUGAGAAAGUGCCCUGUCCUAAGAUGUCACCUGAGGGAUGUCAUCACUGGGGUGGCUGCCCUGUCUGGAAAGGUCUCCCCAGAGGUGACGGUCUAUCUGUAGAUUGUUAGCAAUGAGAAACCCACACCUCCGUCUGAAGCUCUGCCCCAGUGCUGUGAUGUCAUCACCAGAAACACUGCCCACCCUGGAGGGCCAUCACUUGUGAUGGUGUCACCAGUUUCUGCCUUGUCCCUCCAUGACUUAGCUUGGUCACUCCUUCCCUUGACCCCAGAGACAUGCCCUGCAGGAUCUCUGCCAGACUCCCUCUAAAGGGAGGUUAGGCUUUGGGUCCCACCUCUGUCCAUUGAUGUCACCUCCUGUGUGAUUCCUGGAGGACAGCACUCCCAGACUGGUUUCUGCUCUCAAAGAGCCACUCUGGCCCACUAGGCUCUUGGAAUCCUGCGACUUGUAGGUGGCCCAAAGGCCUGCACCACUUCUCUCUGCUGUAACUAGAGACAUCAUCACCUGUGUCAACAACGUCCUGGCCUCCUGUUGGGGUGGGGGAGGGGUAUGCCUCCUAUUGAUCUUGCUGAUGACACCAUCAGCACCAUGAGACUGCCAUCACUCAUGAUGGCAUUGCACCUGGGGUCAAAUGCUAACCAUGCCUGAUGAUAACUUCAUUUCCCAGGAUUCCCUGUGACCUAUGGAGUCUUCAUCUCCCAGGAUCCACCACAACUAUGGUAUCAUCUUUCAGAAUUUACCAUGACUAUAAGGUCACCUUCUCUCAAGGUUCCCCAUAGCCAAUGGUGUCCCUAUCUUCCAUGAUUCUCCUCAACCAUCGGUCAUCAUCUCCCAGAAUUCACCAUGACCAAUGAUGUCAUUACCUUCCAGAAUUCUCUGUGGCUGCUGGUAACAUCCUCUACCAGGAUCCACUAGGACUGAUGAUAAUUGUGGUGUCAUCAACUUGCAGGAUCCACUUCAACCAUAAUGUCUUCAUGCCCCAGGAUCUACUUCAGACAUGGUGUCACCACCUGUCAGCAUCCAUGAGAGUCACGGGUGUCCCAGGACCCAUGAUACCGAAUCAUGUCAUCACCUCCCAGGAUCCAUUUCAUGGUGUCUCGUCUACCAGGACCCACCAUAACCAUAACAUCACCUCCCAGGACCCAUGGUACCCAAAUGUGUCAUCACUUCUCAGGAUCUAUUUCAACCAUAGUGUCAUCACCUCUCAAGAUCCAGGACACCCAAUAGUGUCAUCAUCUUCCAGGAUCCAGGACACCCAAUUGUGUCAUCACCUGCCAGGAUCCAUUUCAACCAUGGUGUUGUCAUCUAGGGGAUCCAUCAAAAUCAUGAUAUUGUCUCCUAGGAUCCAGGACACCCAAUGGUGUUGUCAUUUACCAGGAUCCACUUCAACCAUGUAUCAUCUUCCAGGAUCCAGCAUCUUGGGAGCCAAGUACUACAACAGCUGUAUUUCAAUUGUCUUCUGGGGUCACAUGGCACCUACAAGUUGUUCCGUUAAGGGAAUCCAGCACAAUGCACACCAUUUCCCAUUGCCUCAAAAAUGGAGUACAGUGGGGCCCUCUCUGAUGACACCAUCUCUACUCUGGCCCUUCUUGAUGAUGUCACUGACUCACUCCUGACUUAGGCUGACGCCUGCGAUGAACCCGCCAAGACAUGGCCUUGGCCAGCCCCCCAUCACUCAUCUGCUGAGGGCAACCGGGCCCCUCCUGGUAACUCACUGCCCUUCAUCCAACCAUCUGAUUAGUGACAGGGUCAACACAGAGACCUCUCAUCAUCACCAGAGGGUGGGGCUUUCCAGUCCUCGGGUGACGCCACAGCCCCUGACCCAAUCCCUGUUACCUGGACCUCCUCCGGGAGCAGCAUUCCAUUGGCUUGGGCCAAACGCUCCUCAGAGACUCCUGUGGGCUGGACCACAGCUGAUGACUUCCCUGGGGCCUCCAAUCACGUCCUCUGCUGGCCUGGUCCUAGGGCAGGCACACCUGGAGAGCCACACCAUUGCCAACAUCAUCUGUGGUGGGGGGAGGGGCUGUGCAUCAUCCCAAGAAUUGGACAAACAGCAUUCUCUCCUUCAUCUCCCUCUCACACACUGGGGAGCCCCCAGGGGUUUUGAGGAUUCCCCAAUGCACAAUGCACAAUUUGCCCCCAAUUUUCUUUGUACAUAGCCAUGUUUUGGGGAGGCGGCCAUUCUCCCAUUUUUAAAGGGCUACACGCCCCCUUCCACAGCCCCCAGGGCAAGGUGGGGGGGCCUCUUCUCUCUCCUUUGGGCCGUCCCCCUCCCUCUUCUGUCUUCCCUUGCCCCAGUACUGGCACCUCAAUUCAUGCCUACUCAGCCCUCUGUUCCCACAAACACUGAGGGAACACAGGGGUGGGUUUACGUGGGCCCCAAUGCCAGUUUUCAAUACCGUGCUUAUAGCUGCUCCUGUGGGCUCCCCAACCCCUUCUAGGGUCUCUCAUGCCCAGUGUCCUUUGGGCAGCUGUGACUUCCCCAAAAAAGAGCCAGCUUGAGCACCUGCCCCUCCCAGACCCAACCCGUCUAUUCACCACCCCCCCAGAGGACUCAGCUUUCUCCAGCCCCUGGAAUUGGGGGGCUUGGGGCCUUUCAGCUUUUGUAUGGCCCCCUCAACUUGCUCUAUCCUGGCCUGGGUUCCAGGUAUCUCAUCCCCCCUCCCCCUACUCACUCGGCACAGGCUGCCUGACCCAGGGGCCUUGACCUCUUAUCUUAAAUAAGCCAUAGUGGGGAAAGGUCCUGAGGAGGUGAGGAAGUAGGUGUGUCCUGCCAGACCCCCUGGAUGCUUCCAGAGCUGGGACCUUGCCAUCUGAGUCUUCCCUGUUCGCCGCCACCCCAUGAACAAACGCAUACACACACCUUCCCUUCUGGUCAUAGGCAGUGGGGGUGGUGCAGCGAUGAGAAGAUAAAUGGUUCUGGACCAGAAGACCCUCCCCAGGUCUGUCUCCCUCCUUGAUCCC